CGUGCCGCCACGUCGGUCUCCGACGCCGACGGCUUACCGCACGCGGCCAAGAAGAUGUGGACCAAGAGAGAGGACGACCUGCUGCGGGAGCAGGUGUGUCGGUGCGGCGGCCCGCACAAGUGGGACUCCAUCUGCCGAGGCCUGCCCGGCCGCAACUCCAAGUCGUGCCGCCUCCGCUGGUGCCAGCACCUCGACCCCAGGGUGGAGGCCGUCAAGCCCUUCACCCGCGAGGAGGACAUGCUCAUCGUCAAGUACCAGGCCACCUACGGCAACCGCUGGUCCACCAUCGCUGAGUUCCUCUCCGGCCGCACCGACAACGCCAUCAAGAACCGCUGGAACUCCGUCCUCCACAAGCACGCGCCCUCCCUGCAGGUGCAGGGGCACACGCGCCCAUGGGCUCCUUCCACCGCCCGACAGGCCGCGAGCCCCGAGGUCACGCCUGGGUGCCUGCCGCUGUUUCCUCUGGCGAGCGGGGAUGUCAGGAUGUCCCCUCGCUUGACGGAGGUCGUGUCGGAGGCUGAGACAUCUGCGGCGGCGAGGGAGUGCCUCGAGCUGUUCCCUCUGGCGCCCGGGGAUAUCAGGGGCAACGCGGGUGCUGCGGCGCUGAGUGACAUGUCCUGCGGAGCAGGCGACCCGCUCACUGAGCUGAGGCUCUGGCUGGCGGCGAGGGUGGUGUUCGACGUAAUGCCGCUCCAGGCUUACCAGAUGUAGAUUCAUUCUAGUCUUCUACCUAGACUUGGUUGUUCUUUCAUCUUACUUUUUUGCUGAUCGUGGGGAAUUUUCCUAGUGGGAUUUGACUUGUAAUGAUCGAGAAUGUUGUUAGGACUCCAUUGGAUCUUGGUAUCAACAAAGCGCUGGAUUUUCUGUAAUCGUCUUACUUGCUGGUUAGGUAAUUAAGAAAGUUCUGAACUUAGU